CGCCUCUCGGACUUCCUGCCUCACGGCGCAAAUAACAAAGCUCUCCUAUCAAAAUCACCUCAAAUCUUUCUCAAGGUCCGCAUGACCGCUAACUACGGUACCUCGACGGGUUCAAGCCUUCUGCUUUAGCCUGAAACGCCCCGAAUCCCGGAAUAACCCUCUGUCCUUGGCCGCGUUGCCUGCCCAUUUCUGCUCUACCUCCCUCAUUCAGUCCAACCGAGCCUUAGUCUUGGAUUCCGCUCUCCCUUGGGCCUAGGUCUGUUCACGAGACCGUGAGCUUGGCCUUUAAGGCUAGUGGUGGCUCUCUGGCGUGUCUCAUCUUCAUCGAGCUCCCCGAAUUGCCCAACCUGAUCAUGGGGGGGUUGUGUGGGUGAGCUGACCCGCCCAUGUACUUGCCUUCCCCAUUGUCUGGUCCGCCCACGGCGGGGGCACUCCGGGCCGGAUCGAUUCUCGCUCCGGGAUCCGCGGGCUCCUCGCCCCCUCCGCCCAACGGUGGUACAGCCAGCAGUCCGGCCACCGCUUUGGGUUUACUCAAUAACGGGCCCUUACCUCAGGGAUCGAAGUUAAUGGCCUACAUGAACAAUCGAGGUCCACCGCCCAUGAUGGGAUCAGGCUCCCCUCAUGUUAAUGGGUCGCCCGCCGGAUCGCAUGAGUUGAACACCUCCCAAUCCAUUCAGGCCUUGGAAUCCAAGGCUAACCUGACUGGUGAUGAUAAUCGUGGCUUGGGUCGCUCUUCGGUUCAAACCUCCGUCACGGCCACGAAUAUCAACCAUAUACAAGAAUUCGUACCGGCCUCGGCCACCAGUUCCACCGGGUCCGGGUCCGCCGGUAAUGGUGUGAUGGGUCUGCGUCAACCUCAUUCCUCUGGGGGUAAUGGUCGAUUGUAUUCCCGCUCUCCCGUUCCGUCUGCCCAUCCCGCCCCUGGCAAUGGGGCAGAUUCGGAGGGGAGUGUGGCCCGAAUCUCGCCCACCAGCAUGACACCCGAGCAGCAAGCCGCCUUGGAGGCUGUAGCGACGUUUAGCGAUGGAGGCACCACGUACUUUUUCUCAGGCGAUGAAAUGCCCAUGAGCCACCCCAUGUCCUCCCAAGGGUUGAAUAGCGGGACAUCGACUUUGUUACCCGACUACUCGGCUUAUUCGGGUACGCCUAGCUUUGUCGCCAACAUGCGAGUGAGGGCCAAUAUCCCCGGCUUCUUAGCGGACAGCGAAAUCCGAAUCGAUAUCCUCAAGCGACAGCAGAUCUGUUGGGCUCAGAUUGAUAUGGACCAGCACCCUGGCGUUCCUUCCGAAGUGGACAACUUCAAGGAGCUUUGUCCAUUGGAAUCUGUUCCUCAAAGCCCAACCAUGAAAAACAAAUCGCACACAUUCGGCUAUUACACGACCGUGUACAAAGCGGCGAACAUGAAGACCGGUGUCUUAGUGUGUCUCAGGCGAAUUCACGGCUACCGCCUACUCAACACAAAGUGCAUGAUGUUGGUGGAACAAUGGCGAAAACUGUCGCAUCCCAAUCUUGUUUCCUUACGCCAAGUGUUUACCACCAAGAGUUUUGGCGACCAUUCAAUGGUAUUCGUGUAUGAUCUGUAUCCGGGGGCUGAGACCCUGAUGGAGAAGCAUUUUAGUCAUCCAGCUCAAACGGGAAACGCGUUCAUGGACCCAUUCAGUGGGACUGAUGGGACCGCCAGACCAUAUUCUCAACAGAAGAAUCAGAUGCUUCGCCAACAGGCCAUGUUGACAAAUAACGGGCUCUUGGCUGAGAGUGUCAUUUGGUCGUACGUGAUCCAGUUAACUUCGGCCCUUCGGCACAUCCAUUCCGCGGGAUUGGCCUGCCGUACUUUGGACCCGACAAAGAUCUUGAUCAUUAACAAAUCUCGACUCCUCUUAAAUUGCGGAGGUAUCUUCGAUGUCAUUACCUUUGACGCGGCUGCUAGCAAUCCAAUGGGUGCCAUGGCCCAUUACCAACAAGAAGAUCUCGUUUCAUUGGGCAAAAUCGUCUUAGCUCUGGCUUGCAACUCCUUUCUCGCCAUUCAACGAGAGAACCUUCAAACAUCGAUGGAAAUUGUUACCUCAACUUACAGCACAGACCUCAGGAACCUCAUCAUGUAUCUGCUAACAAACCCGAACCGAGUCAAAAGUGUGAACGACCUCAUGCCGAUGAUUGGUGCCCGAUUCUACACGCAUUUGGACGCGGCAUAUGCUCGAUGUGACAGCGUUGAAUCAGAGCUAUCCAAAGAGGUCGAAUCGUCUCGACUCUUCCGCUUGUCUACAAAAAUUUCAACCGUCGUGGAUCGUGCUGAGCUCAAUGGUGACUUUGGUUGGGCAGAAUAUGGCGAUCGGUACAUGCUGAAGUUGUUCCGGGAUUACGUCUUUCAUCAAGUCAUGGAGGACAACCGCCCCUGGUUGGAUAUGGCUCAUGUGAUUACUUGCCUCAAUAAGUUAGACGCUGGCUCAUCUGAGCGGGUGUGCCUCAUGUCAAGGGACGAACAGAACGUGCUUGUCGUCAGUUAUGCCGAGCUGAAACUGAGUCUGGAGCAAUCUUUCUCAGAGUGUGUGCAAGCCAGUCGGAUGCCCCCAAACCCUUCGGGACAUUCUGGGGCCAUGGGUUCUCAUUACUAAAGCAGAUAAUUUUCACCCUUCUCGUUUGGAUCCGAAACACGAAGGAAGUAGAUCUGUUCUUUUCCUGUUGUGGGUGAGAUGAUCGAUCAACCGAGCGAUCUAGUCAUUCCUGCCACAGGUCACAAACAACGUUGAUUUUGCAGAAACAAAUCCUUCGAGGUACAUUAGAAUCUCUGCUCUUGCAUUCGUGCAUUCCCCACCUCCUCAUGUCCAGCACAGUUAUGUCUGAGCCUGACUUCGUAAACGGCGAGAGUCUUACUACUUAAACAAGAUAUCGCAAUUAUAUUUUUGCAAAGAAGAAAACCAUGUAGCCCAAAGAUUAUCCACCUAAAUAUCGCGUAGUCUGGCCAGACGACGACGGUGUGGAUUUCCAUUCUCGAAAUCUUUUCGAGUACUCGCAAAUACUCGACCUCAUCUCUAUUGCUGAUCAGUAAAUUACACAAUGUUUGCGAUGACUGAAGCCCGUUACAAUCAGAACAGAUUUUACCCCUCGCCCAGUACGGCUCAGCUCUACUAUUGCUAUUUGUCUGUCCAUUUCAUCGUUACAGAGUACCAUCAUCCAUUUGUUAGUACAAACAAACUUCACUGUAUUCGUGUAGUACGAUGAUUUCUGAACCUGAUGUUUGAUACGCCUUGGUGACCAAAAACUCCAAAUGGCGAAUCGGAUGUUAACUGCGGCCCUAAAUUUUGCAUAAUAUGCUCAUGCCAAUCGUUCAGUUUCGACGUUUCUUCCAAAGAUAUUGAUUGCCGAGUGUGGCCAUGACUGUUUACAAGUGCAUCGCUCAUAUGUCUCAAUAUCAACAUCAUUAUUUAUUUUUGUCGAUUCAGAAACGGAAAUCAACAUAAUAUGCCAUGAAAAAAAAAUGAAAAAAAAAAGGAACAAAAAUGCUAAGGAAGAAAAAUCAACGAAAAAAACGCGAAAAACCAUUGUGAAAACGCCCCGAAAAAAAGCAAAAAAUACAUUCACGAAAACGA